AUGGGCAGAGCACUAUUUUCCAUCUCCCACCCAGUCAGCAAGCCUGAUGUUCAGGUCAGAACUGAACCAGAACCCCAGGAGCAACUCGAAAAUUGGUCGCGUAUCAACGCCUUCGACCCUGACUCGGACGAGUUCUUUGCGAAUGCAGUCUACGAGGCAGUCAUCCCUGCCGACACCUUGACUCAGCUCGCUACCCUCGACCAGCUCGAUCCACCCUCUCGCGAUCGCGAUCGUCAAAAUGCCGGCGUGGGUGUGGGAGCAGAGGCGGGCGCAGAUGGUUUAACUUGGUUUUUCGACACAGCCCGGGCUGUAUCAAUUGGCAGAGACCGGGAUGCUGUCCCUGGGACCAGGUUUAUGCCUGGACCUGAACAACAGCUCACCUUUCGCCAGCGCCAGGCUCUGGCCAGUGUCGCACGACGCACUCGCUCGGCCAGUGUCUCUGCGCUCAACUCAACCACUCUCCCACCGCUCGUUCCUCUAGACCAGUCGCUUGUGCGAGAGCAACAAUCCAAUGCACGCUUGGUCAAUUCGGCUAUGCUCAAUUGGGCCGCCUACAAUCAUGUCGCAACCCACAGGCCGCGGCUGGAGCGCCGGGAGAGUCAUGACUCGAGCCCCGAUUCAAGUGCGCCCGCGACGCCGAACCCAGAAGCUAUGAAUUCGUCUCGUAUGUGGACAGAAAACACAUCACUGGGCGCGGACACUGGUGCAUCCCCCCUUCCGCCACCCUCAGCACAACUUCCUUUUAUUCCUCCCGAUACCCGGCAAUAUGACAAUUUGCAACAGUUGCGCACCGUUCCCUCUGCCAAUGCUAUCCCAAUGACCUACGUUCCUUUACUUAACAUCGACGGACUAUCGGAGUCAAGACGGCGAUCCAGUAUCUCCGAACGUAGGCCGUCUAUAUCUGAACAACGCAAUGCUAGUCAUCCGGAACGUCGCGCCGUUGCUGUACGGCGCUCGAUGGGAAAUGGUGUCUUUGGUGUUGACUAUGCACCAGUGUCUGGUGGGCCUCUACCAAACCCGAACGCCCGCAUCUCGCACACUUGGCAAUCUGCCUCCCCUCCGGCCUAUCAUCCUAUUCCCGUUCUCCGUGUACCCGCUCGAGUCUGA